AUGCUUUCUACACAGCUUCGACCAGGAGCAAACAAAUUUAUCAAGUCAAUAGCUCGACAUCGCGCAAGGGAGCUUUCUGGUUCCCUAGCUACGCAGCAAUGGAGUGCAUCAACCAAUAGAAGCAUAUCAACAGAGAGAGAAAAUCACUUCAAAAACAUCGGAUACCUUGAUGACGAAGGCUUGACAGUCUUUAGUACCAUCCAUGAUAUGCAAGUUCGAUCUUGUGAUGUCUACGCAGAAAACGAGCUUUUCGGGUCUUAUGAUGCAACGGAAAAUAAGUUCAAAUAUGUCACCUACGAGGAGUUUGACAACCAAGUUGACAGAUGCAGGGCAGUGCUGAAGGACUUGGGCGUAGAGGAGUAUGGAAAAGUUGCAAUCAUUAGCAACAACCGACUCGAGUGGGCAAUCAUUUCAUGUGCCGCUUAUUCUUUGAAUGCAUCCCUUGUACCCAUGUAUGAAGCACAACUUCCCAAGGACUGGACGUAUAUCCUAAACGAUUCCGGCUCUUGUGCCGUAUUCUGUGCCACACAAGAAAUAUAUGACUCUCUACAGAAGGAAGUUUUACCAUCCACCCCAACGGUUACUGCUUCUAUAUGCCUUGACGCUCCGGAGGGCGAACCUCACGCGUUUGCCACGCUAAUGGCUGCUCAAAAUAACGACGCUUCAUCCAUCAUUGUUAAACCAACGCCAGACGACCUUGCAAACUUGAUCUACACGUCGGGUACGACCGGCCAACCAAAAGGUGUCGAGCUGACGCAUUUGAAUUUCGCUUCCAACACUAAAUCUGCAUCUAGAAGCCUUGUCGACGAUCCAAGGGACUUCAUUCGGGAAUCAGAUCGCUCCUUAGCAUUUCUGCCGUGGGCUCACUCGUAUGGCCAAACUUCGGAGUUGUGGGCCAGCAUGUCUAUGGGUAGCAGCAUGGGAAUUUGUCGAGGCAUCCCAGACAUCCUUGAAGAUCUACAAAUGGUGCAACCUACACUUCUAUUCUCUGUCCCAACACUUUACAAAAAAGUGUAUGACGGUGUUCACAACAUCAUUCAGACAGCAAGUCCAAUCAGGCGACGAUUAAUGUUGUCAGCGUUGAAGCUUGGAGAUGCUCAUGCUCGUGCGGCGAACGGAGAUGGAAUUCCACUUGGGCCAAUCAACAGUAUUAAACAUUCGGUUCUCGAUAAAAUUGUCCUUUCCAAAAUUCGAGACCGCUUUGGUGGAAAUUUACGAUGCGGUUUCCUUGGGGGGUCUGCUUGUCCUCCAGAAGUUCUUUCCUUUAUGGAUGCUCUUGGGAUUCCAAUCUGUGAAGGAUAUGGCUUGACAGAAACUUCACCAAUCAUUACUGUCAACGUACCCGGCAAGAGAUCGAUUGGAAGUGUCGGGCGUCCAAUUGGCGGAGUUUCGGUGUAUAUUGUCGAUCCAGAGGGACGCCCUGUAGCUGAUGGCGAAGAGGGUGAAGUUUGCUGCACUGGACCAAAUGUAAUGCGCGGGUAUUACAAGAACAAGGAGGCCACCGAUGAGGUCAUUUCAGUUGCACCUGAUGGCGUCUCGAGAAUGUUCCAUACUGGCGAUCUAGGCAGAAUGAACGAAGAUGGCUACUUGAUGAUUACCGGUAGAAUCAAGGAACAGUACAAGCUCGAAAACGGCAAGUACGUAGUACCCACACCCAUUGAAUCAGCAAUUGGAAUGAGCCGAUUUGUGAGCCAAGUAGUUCUCUUUGGUGCAAACCGUCCAUACAAUGUCGCUCUUGUAGUUCCAGAGUGGCCAGCGAUUCGAGCAGAGCUUGGAAUUGAUGAUUCGGUAUCAGAAGAAGAGUUGGCAAGUGACGAUAAUGUUUGCAACCUUGUGGAUGAAGAAAUCAGCAAAACCUGUGCAAUGCUAAAGAAGUUUGAAGUUCCGAAGAAGUGGGCCUUUGUUGGACCCUUUACGGCUGCUAACAACAUGUUGACUCCAAAAAUGUCGAUCAGACGCCAUAAAGUUGUCGAAGCUUACGAGGAUACAAUCGCACACCUAUAUGGACAAAGCUCGAGUCUUCACGAGCAAAAAGACAGCGAGGCGGCCUAA